GACGCGCGUAUCCUGCCGUCUAUCACUGAAAGCUCUGCACCCAAUCACACUGUUGCCUCCCUGGCGGCGCCGUUAUCAUCUCUGACUUUGGAUCCGUGACAUUCCACCAUGUGUAAAGGACUUGCAACUCUUCCUGCGACAUGCUUGAAAAGUGCCAAAGUCAUCAAGCAUAAAAUAAGCUUCUUACUCCAGAAGCCUGAACCCCAAGCAGCUGAUCAGAAGCCAAAAAAUGAGGAGAAUGCUGCUGCUGAGAGCAUGCCUACUGCGUCUGAGGUGAAGAAAUGGGAGGAGUCUUUCAGCCACUUGAUGAACAGUCAAAAGGGUCGUACGGUCUUCGGCAACUUCCUGAGGUCAGAGUUCAGUGAGGAGAACAUUGACUUCUGGGUCGCCUGCGAAGACUACAAGAAGUGUUCACCUUCCGAGCUGGUGACCAGAGCCAAGCAGCUCUACCAGCAAUAUGUUGAGGCAGAUGCUCCUAAUGAGGUAAACCUAGACGCAGCGACCAGAGAAGAAACGAGGCAGAAUGUGGAGAAUGCCUGCCUGUCUUCUUUCAACAAGGCUCAGCAGAUGAUCUACAACUUGAUGGAGAGAGACUCCUACAGGCGCUUCAUCAACUCCCAACUGAUCCAGGAUCUGGGUCAGACACAGACCACUGGUGCUCAGGAGAAGAAGAACAAGAAAAACUGGGACUGUGCCAAGAACAGGCAGGUGUUAACUGGUGGCGCCUAAACAGCAUGCACACACGGAAGACUUGAAGAAGAUGCCAAAGACCCCCAAAAAAUGAAUGCGGAGGUAAACACUGGUAGAUAUCGGUUUGUUUUUGUGUUUAUAGAAUAGAAAAACCAGUGUGAUCUAAAAGGUUAAUGUGACUUUUUUUUUUAAACUUGCCGUUAAUUCCUGGACAUCUUUUGGUGAUCAGUUUGAAGUUGCUGCUGUAUGUCCACUUGUGCCUGAUUUGAAUAUUUUGUCAUUUUUCAUGCAUUUUUCCAAAUCACAAAGCUUGAUAGUGACUGAUUCAAUAUUUUACAUUUUCAACGAACAAUAUAUACUAACAAGAAUGUUUAAAUGUUUGCUGCCGGUUUCACUACAAAAUACAACCUGCUCUUCAA